AUGUCUAAGAUCGGAUUAGCGGUAUUCAUCGUGGCCCUGACGCUGGUGCGCUCGGAGCCCCCGGUGAAUUCGUAUUUGCCACCUGGCGGCGGUGGCCCCGGUGGCAACGGAGGCGGUAGCGGAGGACCAUCCAACACCUAUGGACCACCUGGUUUCGACGGACAAAAUGCUAUCGGUGGAGGCGACACUGGCCGCAAUGGUCUGUCGAACAGUUACGGAGUACCUACUGGUGGAAACGGUUACAAUGGCGGUGGUUCUGGCAAUGGAAGAGGUGGCUCGAACGGUGGAAGAGGAAACGGUAGCGGCAGAGGAAACGGUUUCGGUGGUGGUCAACCUUCCAGUUCUUAUGGAGCACCAUCCAAUGGACUCGGUGGGAAUGGAGGUGCAGGAGCAGCAAGACCAUCGAGCAGCUACGGAGCACCUGGUGGAGGAAAUGGAUUCGGGGGUGGAAGCAACGGAGCUGGCAAGAAUGGAUUCGGCGGCAGUCCAUCGAGCAGCUACGGACCACCGGAAAGUGGAAACGGCUUUGGUGGUGGCAAUGGAGGUGGAACUCCGUCCAGUCUCUACGGACCGCCGGGCAGAAACGGAAAUGGAGGAAACGGUGGAAACGGUGGCAGUGGAGGACGACCGUCCGGAACCUACGGUACGCCUGAUAGAAACGGAGGAAGACCAUCGGGACUCUAUGGACCACCUGGCAGAAACGGUGGCGGAAAUGGAGGAUAUAACGGUGCUAAUGGUGGUAAUGGUGGAUAUCCGUCAGGAGGACCGGGUGGAAAUGGAGGUGGUAAUGGUGGUUAUCCCUCUGGAGGCCCUGGUGGUAACGGCGGUGGCAAUGGUGGUUAUCCCUCUGGAGGUCCAGGUGGCAAUGGAGGAGGCAAUGGUGGUUAUCCCUCUGGAGGACCAGGUGGAAAUGGUGGCGGUAAUGGAGGUUAUGGUGAAGAUGAAAGUAAUGAACCAGCGAAAUACGAAUUUUCUUACGAAGUCAAGGACGAGCAAUCUGGCGCUGAUUAUGGCCAUACGGAAAGCAGAGACGGAGACCGUGCACAGGGAGAGUUCAAUGUUCUGCUUCCCGAUGGCAGAAAGCAAAUUGUUGAAUACGAGGCCGAUCAAGAUGGAUUUAAACCUCAAAUUAGAUACGAAGGUGAAGCAAAUCAAGGAUACGGUCCUGGUGGGCCAGGAGGUAAUGGUGGAGAUAAUGGAUAUCCAAGUGGCGGACCUAACGGGGCUGGAUCCAAUGGCAAUGGUUAUCCGUCAGGAAGGCCCGGUGGUGGACCUGACUUCAGCGAUGGGGGGUAUCCAUCCGGAAGACCAGGUGGUAACAAUGGCGGUUCCAGAAACGGAAACAACGGAAACAACGCUAAUGGUGGAUAUCCAUCUGGAAGUGGUGGCGACGCUACAGCUAACGGAGGAUACCAGUACUAA